GAACCCACCAGAACCCACCAGAACCCACCAAAGACGACCGGAACCCACCAAAACCCACCAAAACCCACCAAAACCCACCAGAACCCACCAGAACCCACCAGAAAAGCCCCCCUAUUACUCACCAAAGACCCCCUUCGCUCCAUAUCCCCCCUGUCCCGGCCCAUGGCCCGGUGCUGACGGCGCCGCCAUGUUCAGCUGGAUGCGGCGUCACGACAAGAAGAGCCCCGAGGUUGUUCGCACGGUGACGGCGGGGCUGAAGGAGCUCUACAAGAAGAAGCUGCUCCCGGUCGAGGAAUAUUAUCGCUUCCAUGAGUUCCACUCGCCCGCUUUGGAGGACGCUGACUUCGACAACAAGCCCAUGGUGCUGCUGGUGGGGCAGUACUCCACCGGGAAGACGACCUUCAUCCGUUAUCUAUUAGAGGAGGAUAUUCCCGGCUCCCGCGUGGGCCCCGAACCCACCACGGAUUCGUUUGUGGCCAUCAUGCACGGCGACACCGCCGGCAUCACGCCCGGCAACGCGCUCAUCGUCGACCCCAACAAACCCUUCCGCAAACUGAACCCCUUUGGGAACACGUUUCUCAACCGGUUCAUGUGCGCCCACCUCCCCAACCAGGUGCUGGAGAGUAUCAGCCUCAUCGACACCCCCCGGACUUGCCCGGGGGCAAACAGCGAGCCUGCCAGAGGCUACGACUUCCCUGCUGUGCUGCAGUGGUUCGCUGAGCGCGUGGAUCUCAUCAUCCUCCUGUUCGACGCCCACAAGCUGGAGAUCUCGGACGAGUUCUCGGAGGCCAUUCGGGCGCUGAGGGGCAACGAGGACAAAGUGCGAGUGGUGCUGAACAAGGCCGACCAGGUGGAGACACAGCAGCUGAUGAGGGUCUACGGUGCACUCAUGUGGUCCCUGGGAAAGGUGAUCAACACUCCAGAGGUGCUGAGGGUCUAUAUUGGCUCCUUCUGGUCGGAGCCGCUGCUCAUCGCCGACAACCGGCGGCUCUUUGAGCUGGAGGAGCAGGAUUUGUUCCAGGAGAUCCAGAACCUGCCCCGAAAUUCAGCCCUGAGGAAACUCAAUGACCUGGUUAAGAGGGCAAGGAUGGUCAGGGUCCACGCUCACAUCCUGAGCCGCCUGAGGAAGGAGAUGCCGGCGCUGUUUGGGAAGGGGCACAAGAAGAAGCAGCUGAUCUCGGAGCUGCCGCUGCUGUUCGCCCGCAUCCAGAUGGAGCAGCACAUCCCGCCCGGAGACUUCCCCGACUGCGCGAGGAUGCAGGAGCAGCUCCUGGCCCAGGACCUGACCCGUUUCCCGUUGCUGAAGCCGCGGCUGCUGGACGCGCUGGAGGAGCUGCUGACCCGGGACAUCGCGGCGCUGAUGCCGCUGCUCCGCCGCGAGGAGGGGGAGGCGGCGCCGGGGGUCCAGGGGGGGGCGUUCGAGGGGGCGCGGAGGGGCCCGUUCGUGGAGGGGGCGGAGGAGGAGGAGGAGGAGGAAGAAGGGGAGGACGAGUGGGUGGUGACCAAGGACAAAGCCAAGUACGACGAGAUCUUCUACGGGCUGUGCCCCAUGGGGGGGAAGCUGAGCGGGCGGCAGGCGAGGGGCUGGAUGGUGGGCAGCAAACUGCCCCGCUCCGUGCUCGGCAGGAUCUGGCAGCUGAGCGACGUGGAUCGGGACGGGAUGUUGGACGCAGAGGAGUUCGCUUUGGCCGGGCACCUGAUCGGGGCUAAAUUAGAGGGGAGGGGGCUGCCCAACGACCUGCCCCCCCGCCUCGUGCCGCCGUCCAAGAGGCGUCAGAAGGGGUCGGCGGAGUGAGGGGGAAUAAAGGGGAUGGAGAGAUGGGA